ACUGCUGGUUGACUGGUUGUCGUCAUUUGUCAUUAAAUUAAUCAAAAUUAGUCUAUUUUUGUAACGACUGCAGUAGGUAACCAGUGUUAAUUGUGAUCGGUAUAACGUUGUGCGUAACGAAAAUGUCUCGAGCAGGCGACAGACCGAAUCAAGCGCAGACAUAUAAGUUAGUUGUGGUGGGCGGCGGAGGAGUUGGAAAAAGUGCUAUCACCAUACAAUUUAUUCAGAGUUAUUUCGUGACCGACUAUGACCCGACGAUCGAGGAUAGCUACACGAAGCAGUGCGUCAUCGAUGACAUCCCCGCCAAAUUGGACAUCUUGGACACAGCCGGCCAAGAGGAGUUUAGCGCCAUGCGCGAACAGUACAUGAGGUCCGGCGAGGGCUUCCUGCUGGUCUUCUCCGUGGCGGACCACGCGAGCUUCGACGAGCUUUACAAAUUCCACAAGCAGAUACUUCGAGUCAAAGACAGGGAGGAGUUCCCGAUGCUGAUCGUUGGGAACAAGGCCGACUUAGAAACGCAGCGAGUGGUGUCGCUGGAGGAGGCCCAGGCGCUCUCCCGGCAGCUCAAGGUGCCUUACAUCGAGUGCAGCGCCAAGGCCCGCAUGAACGUGGACCAGGCCUUCCACGAGCUCGUGAGGCUUGUAAGGCGCUUCCAGGAAGCCGAGAGGAUGAACACGAAGAACUAUUACGAGAGCGGUAAGAAGAAGAAGUGCACCAUCCUGUAACGAACGCCGGCUCUAUAUCUUUGUAUCUGAUGACGUAGCUAUAUAACUAUUGCACCAUCUUGUAACGAACGUCAGCCCUAUAUCUUUGUAUCCGAUGACGUAGCCACAUAACUAUACUUGAGACCUUAGAACUAAAAUUUCAUGGUGGGUGGCGGAUUUGCGUUGUAGAUGUCUAUGGGCUCCAGUAACCUAUUAACAUCAGGUGGGCUGUGAGCUCGUCCACCCAUCUAAACAAUAAAAAAAGGCGACGCGAUGUAAUUAAAUUAUUCAAGCGACAAAUUUUGUUAAAAUUAAAGUUUACAACGAACAGUGUUAGCUCGACGUAAGAAAAUCGACCCUAAGCACAAAUACCGUAAGAUCUAAAAUUGAUUGAAAUAAAUAUAUUUUUUUUAAAUACGAAGGAAUCAAUCGAAGAACACAACAGGAUCUAUCGACAAAACAGGCGACAAACUGUUUCGUCUCUAAUAUUAUAGAUGUGAAAGAAUAUAAGCACUUAACACGUUGAUAUAGGGUUGGUUUUUCUUUGUCAAUCGAUUUAUUUGGAAAUUUCAGUUAAUAAUUACAACAUAAUAUAUUAUAGUAAAAACAAAUUUUUACGACUCCGUAAAUAAUAUAUCGAGAGGUGAAAAGGGGUAUUUGGUUUAAACGACUUUUUCCAAUUUUUUAAA